AUGAGCGGCGCCCACUUCCUCGCCAACGGCACCUCCCUCUUCUACACCCUCGAGGGGCCCCCCACCGCCGCCCCCAUCCUCCUCCUCCACGGCUGGGGCUGCGACCUGCUCGACUGGUCCUUCCAAAUCCCGUUCCUCCUCACGCUGGGCUUCCAAGUCCUCGCCCUCGACCUACGCGGCCACGGGCGCUCCCCCGCCUACCCGUCCCCCACCGCUUUUCCCUCGCUCUACUCGCCCACCGCCUUCGCCGCCGACGCCUCCGCCCUGCUGUCCCACCUCAACUUCACGCAGCCCGCGCUCGUCAUGGGGCACUCGCUCGGCGGCCUCGUCGCAGCCAUCCUGGCCAUCGAGCAUCCAGCGCAGGUGCGCGGCGCGGUGCUGGUCGAUUCCGCGUACUACCUGACGGCGAACGACACGGCAUCGCUGAAUGCAGAUAUACGGAACGACACGGCGCACGCGCUGCAGACGAUUACGGCGUGGUUCGAGGCGGUGGCGGGCGUGUACGACGAGCGCACGCCCGAGUGGGAGAAGACGUGGCAUAAGUUGCGGACGUGGGGCGCGGAUGUGGAUGCCGUGGUGCAGACGGGGCUGGAGCUGAAUGGGUAUGACGGGACGCUGGGGAGGUGGGAGGAUGCGGAGGGGUAUUUGAAGGAGGGGUUUGGGGCGAGGACGGGGGAGGAGCGGGUGCCGAGGCUGGCGGUUGUGGCGGCGGAGUAUAAGGUUGAUAUGGAGAAGGCGAUUGGGUUGGAUGAGGCCGGGGUGGGGGAUCGGGUGAGCGUGCUGGAGGAGGGGCAUUGGUUGCAUCAGCAGGGGGCGGAGCAGUUUAAUGGGAUCGUGGAGAGUUGGUUCCGAGAUCGGGACUUUCUACCCUGA